AUGAAACAGAGUUUAUUUCAAAAAGUAUUCAAUAAUAAGAUAAUCAAUAAAACAAUAUUUCAAAAUGUUAGUGAUAUACACCAAAAGAUUAAAAAACAAGUUUCAUUCAACUACUCAAAGUUAAUAGACUAUCCUCAUGUUUUGUCAGGCAACAAUUAUUUACAACUAUUAGAGGAAUAUUUUGAAAGAAAUGAAAUACACAGCUUUUCUGAAUUUCAAUUAUUAGAUAGAAAUAGUCAAAUCCUAAUAAAUGCAGCCCGUAGUGGAAGUUUGGAUGUACUAAGAAUGCUAUUUAGUAAAUAUGUCGAUACAGAAGAAAAGUUAGAUGCGGUGACCAAAGGAGAUUUAUUGUACUGCGCAUCAAUGACAAACGGGAAUAUCAAAACGGUUGAAUUCUUGUGUUCCUAUUCAAACCAUUGGGAUUAUUAUGAAUCAAUGUUGGUUGCACCGUUUUCUCAAGAUUUAGAAAUAUUAAAGUAUAUUGUACCAAAAGUAGGAACUAGCUACGUUAAAGAAGAAGAUGACCAAUCAACAGUGUUUGAUGCAUGUGCACAGAUUGGUCGAGUUGACAUGAUCGACUCGAUGUUCCACAUGGCAAUUGAAGGCGGACAUUUUCAUGUAUUGGAAUACCUCGCUGAACAAAACAAAGAUCAGCAUAUAUUUGAACCAGAUAUCUGUCCUUUGAUCGACUAUUCAGCAUUGAAAAAUCGAUUAGAUAUAAUGAAAUGGUUGCAUGACAAACAAAUUGGUAAUUGUAAAUUUGCAAUCAACCAUGCUGUAGAAAACAACAAUAUUGAAAUGUUAAUAUGGUUGCAAACACAUCGACCAGAAGGAACAUACACUCGAGAAGCAUUUGAUAAUGCCUUCAAACACGGAAAUUUGGAAAUGUUACAACUAUUAUAUAACCAGAAGAAAGAAAUCUACUAUAAAAUUACUCCAAUUGAUCCAAACAGUAUUAUACGGGCUGUUAUUAAAGCAAUCUCAAUCAACUAUUAUCAAAUGGUUGAGUGGCUAUUGAAUCACACAGAAAUAUCGAUCAUCGAACUUGAUAGAUUAUUAAAUAGUCCAUUUGUUCUACCUCUAUCUAAACAUCACAAAGAAUCAUUAGAUUUACUAAAUAAUUAUGUUUUAAGAAAUAAAAUAAAAUAA